ACGGCGCACGUCAACGUCUACAAGAUCCAGUGUUGUUUUUUUCAGUUUUUCAGAUUUUAACCGUCUUAAUCCCCCAAAGAAGUAGUACCUGCCGAACAAACGCAGUGAUGAAGCCUUACCUUACAGGGCUUGGCCUGGUGUCUCUGCUGUUCAUCAGCAGCGUCUACAGCUGGCCAGACAACCACGGAGAUGAAGACGAUGACAAUGGUGAUAUGAUAAAGGCCGAAGGUAUGGGUGGAAUGGGUGGCGGAAGAUACGCUGGCAUUGGAGGAAUGGGUGGUAUGGAAGGUGGACGACCCGGUGGUAUGGGUGGUAUGGGAGGUGGACGACCCGGUGGUAUGGGUGGUAUGGGUGGUAUGGGAGGUGGACGACCCGGUGGUAUGGGUGGUAUGGGUGGCGUAAGACCCGAUGGUAUGGGAAGUAUGGGGGACGAAAGACCCGAUGGUAUGGGAGGUAUGGGUGGCGGAAGACGCGGUGGUAUGGGAGGUAUGGGUGACGAAAGACCCGAUGGUAUCGGAGGUAUGGGUGGCGGAAGACACGGUGGUAUGGGAGGUAUGGGUGACGAAAGACCCGAUGGUAUCGGAGGUAUGGGUGGCGGAAGACACGGUGGUAUGGGAGGUAUGGGUGACGAAAGACCCGAUGGUAUGGGAGGUAUGGGUAGCGGAAGACGCGGUGGUAUGGAAGGUAUUGGUAACGAAAGACCCGAUGGUAUGGGAGGUAGGGGUGGCGGAAGACGCGGUGGUAUGGGAGGUAUGGGUGUCGAAAGACCCGAUGGUAUGGGUGACGAAAGACCCGAUGGUAUGCGAGGUAGGGGUGGCGGAAGACGCGGUGGUAUGGGAGGUAUGGGUGGCGAAAGACCCGAUGGUAUGGGAGGUAUGGGUGGCGGAAGACGCGGUGGUAUGGGAGGUAGGGGUGGCGGAAGACGCGGUGGUAUGGGAGGUAUGGGUGGCGAAAGACCCGAUGGUAUGGGAGGUAUGGGUGGCGGAAGACGCGGUGGUAUGGGUGGCGGAAGACGCGGUGGUAUGGGAGGUAUGGGUGGAGGAACAAGCGCCAGUAUGGGAGGUAUGGGCGGCGGAAGACGCGAUGGUUUGGGUGGCGGAAGACGUGGUGGUAUUGGAGGUAUGGGUAGUAGAAGCCGUGGUGGUAUGAGAGGAAUGGGUGGAGGAACACGCGGUAGUAUGGGAGGUAUGGGUGGCGGAAGACCCGGUGGUAUGCGUGCUAUGGGUGGCGAAACAAGCGGUGGUAUGUUUGGUAUAGGAGGUAUGGGUGGCGGAACACGCGGUGGUAUGCGAGGUAUGGGUGGCGGAAGACCCGGUGGUAUGGGAGGUAUGGGUGGCGGAAGACCCGGUGGUAUGGGAGGUACGGGUGGCGGAAGACCCGGUGGUAUGGGAGGUACGGGUGGCGGAAGACCCGGUGGUAUUGGUGGUAUGGGUGGCGGAAGACCCGGUGGUAUGGGUGGCGGAAGACCCGGUGGUAUGGGAGGUAUGGGUGGCGGAAGACCCGGUGGUAUGGGAGGUACGGGUGGGAGAAGGAGUGGAGGUAAUGACAGUCGAGCAGCGAAAAGAGAGCGUAUAAGGCAACGACUACAAAAGAGAAAACAGAGAAACGAAGAACGUAAACGGAAACGAGAGCAAAACAAGAUCACCUUCGUGGUGAAGGGCAUGACCGACUUCACUGCCGGAAAGUAUGAAAAGGACAGCACCUUGAUGAAUCUUUACUUGAACGCCUACAAUAAAGUGGUUAGUAUUCUGGGCAAGCGACGAAACAUCCUAAUGAACAAAAUGAGAGUGUCAAAUGUCAAAGGACAAGUAAGGUCGUCAAUAACUCUCGGAUCAUUCAAGCGUAGCAAGUCAGUGUCGGACAAAUGGAACAUAAAAUGCAGAAACACGUUCGCUGACUUGGUUGAAAAAUUCGGUGAGAAUCCAACAGGAAGAGACGCGGAGAAAGCCAGGUCUAUGAUAGAUAGAAUCACCGGACAUUACAUCACCGAAGUGAAGAAGCUGUUUGAUGAACUCAGCAAAAAGUUGGACGAUAACGACGAAGGCUAUUACAUUGAUGCCGUGAAGCAAGAUGCCGGCAAUGCUGAGAAGAUGCAGGCCAUGAUUAUGGACGUGAGAAAGAUUUCAUCAACUAUUGGCUGUGCAAUCCAAGAGAAGAAAGCAGAUCUGGAGCCGUAUCACGAUAGAAAACAUGAGCCCACUGCAGCAGAAGCACACCUGAUAAAGAGGCUAGGGUCUGUCCGCAUGAAUGCUAUAAGCGCAUUCAUGGACUUCCAAAAAGAGAUCAUGGCAGACAACAGCCCAAAAGACCGCUCACACGCUGUAGAAAUUGAGCAACUGAGGAGCGGUCUGAAGAUCCUUGAGGUCAAGAAAGACGAACUCAUCAAGAAAGCCAUUGAUGAACUCGAAACAAUCGUUGAGGAAGAAAAAGUUGACCCUGAACUUCGUCCACUGAAAGAAAAACUCUCGGAAAUAGCCCAGAAUAUUCUUGAAGAAGAGAAGACUUCAAGAAUGCCCAAGAUGAAAGCCAUCAUGGAUGACGCGAUCGGACGAGUAGGUAAUAAGCCGGGCGCAGGUACAAUCGAAGGUCUGCUCCGUAAACGAUCGAUCAAUGAGUAUGCUGGUAUCCAGAAUAAAAUCGGAAGGUGCAUUACCAAAGUUCUUGGUCGUUUUGGAAAGACAGGAGAUUCCCUGGAGCAACAAGUGGAGAAAGCUUCCCCAUCACUGAAGUCUAUGAUUCUGAAGGUAAUGGACAAAGCCUUGAUAAACCUCCAACAUUUUGCUGAUGAAAAGAUAAAGGACUUGGAAGCAGGAAAUGGCAUAUUCGGUAAACUGAACCAACUGCACAAAAGGCCAAGAAUGUAACGCAGAACUUCACGAGCUGGGAGGAUAAGCGAUUGCACCAAAUAAGAAGGCUCUGUACCAUACAACAAUCACGUUCUACACAACGCCUGUGAAUUCUACUAAAGACUCAAAUACGAUCUUAUCAGCCUGCGUACCACAUAAACUGAAGACAAGCUGUAUAUAUUUAGUCGCAGGUUAGGUCAACACCAUGUUAAAAUAUAUAUAAAUGGCAAUCCCUAAUCUAUACAGGCUGAAGUUUUUGUACAUGAGCUUACGAUGAAUAAAAUUUAUUGCAACUC